AUAAUAAAAUGUAUUUGAAAUGUAGGAGAAGGGGACGAACUUCACUCUAUGCGAUUGUGCGUGCAUAGAAAGCAAUGACGUUGCGUUGUCCUCGUAUGGCAGGCGUAGUAUUUCUCGGAACAGACUGGAUUAAGUGCGAGAGAGAUAGCUGAUCUUAUUUCAAGAUAAAAAAUACAAAGUUUAAGAUAAAAAAUUCACUUCUCUUGGAGAUUCUUUGUUCUUGCCAUCACUCGAAUGCGAAUAUAAACAAACGAUCGAUCGUUAAAUUUAUCGAAUUUAUAUUACACGUUGUACUGUUUGUGAUAUGUUUUGCUAUUAUUAUACCUAACCUAUUUAUUAUAAUACGUCCACGCACGUCUUCGGAAGAAGGAAGAAACAGAGAUAACAUUGUUAUGUAUUACGUUAACUGGCUCGAAGUUCAACGUGCCGUACUUAUCUCACGAUGAUCCCAUUCAUUUUGGGGUCAUUUCCUUGUUCUUUCGUUAGUGAAAGUACGAUGCACGAAUUAUGCUAUUGCAAUUUACAUCAUUUACAUGCAGAUGAUUUAUUUUCGAUGAUAUUGAUAUAAAGAUAUCCGAUCGAUUUAAACGAUUCGAUUAUUUCUUCUCAUCGAGUCACGAAGAUGUUCCAAUGGAAUCAUACUAGUUUCAUUAAAGUAUUGGUGACAAGAGAUAUUGUAGAAAAUGAAUUCUCUUCUAAAGUCCGUCAAAUCCCUUACAAACAAAAGAAAUAUAUUAGUGAGAGAGUCUCUGCAAAAGCAGUUAAAUACAAGUGUGAUGGAGAUGCAGAGUGCACCAGGUGUCGCAGAAGAAGAAGCAGUUGGAAAUUGUGAAGAAGCAAUGACAUUAUGCUCCGUAUUGGAAGCUAUAUUUUUACAUGGACUAAAGGAUAGUCUUUUAAAUAGAGUAACAGAAGUUCUUAGCGGCCCUGAUUUCGAUGCUAUGCCUCAACCAAGUUUUUGGGGACCUUUACUAGUAUUCUCUCAUCGCCAAAUUAUUGAUCAAAUCCAAGCAUUAACGCAAGUUACCACUGAAGUGGGUUACUGUAGAGCAUGGAUAAGACUAGCCUUAAACGAAGGUCUACUAGCGAGUUAUUUGUGUUCCAUAAGAAGGGAUAAUUCUGCUCUGAAACCAUAUUAUGAUCGUUCUGCCUUCAUUAGAGAUGCCGAUUUAAUAGAAAUUGCUCAACGAUUGAUAGAAAGCUUGGAUUACAUAAGCUUUGAAUUAGCUUGCAAUAGUAGUCUUUUAAAUUUUUGGUCAACUACUCCUCUGCUUUUAGCUGGUAUAUGGUCACCUCCCAUGAAAUCUUGUCCUGUGUUUAGUGCGGUGGAUAUAGCAAAAACAAUAACUGCGGAAUUAAGGGAUAAUGAUAAUCUUGAAGAAGUAGAAACUGCGAGUAGUUUAGGUUCCUUUAAUUCCUCGCAAUCUGCUUUAAAUAAUAUAGCUUGUAUUUCGGAAGAUGAAGCAUUAAAAAUUAUUUUAAAAGAUAAAAUCUCUAACAAUCAUCAUACUACAAAGCAUAGAAAUGGAAGUCCUACACAUACAUCUAAACAAAGAAACAUAGAGAAAGCAAAUAUACAAAAAGUAGAAGAAACUAUAAAUGAAGUUAUGGAAAGUGUAUCAGCUAGUGGGACACCCACAAAGAAUGUAGAAAUUAUGACAACUGAUAUUAGCACUACAAUCAUUCAAGAUGAUCAUCAAGAUAAUAGCCUUCAAGAAAAUAAUAUUGUUUGUACCGAUAAUAUGUCUACUACUGUAGGAAAUUCAUUAUUUGGAAGACUAGGAUGGUCAACUUCAUUUGAAGAUUGCGAAUCUUCUAUGACUUCAUCUGUGAUAUCUCAUGGUUCUGGAAUGGAUGCUCCUCGCACUCCAGGUGAUGGACCGACCUAUGAUGCUCUUAUUCAAAGCUAUCAUACUGCUGGCAAUAUGAUGGUACUGGAUCUACAAGAAUUUUUAAAAAAAUAUCCAAAAAAAGAAUCCAUUGAUGAAGAAAUCAAAUCCCCAACUGCUGUUAAGAUUGUUAUAAAUUUUGAUGAGCAACUGGGAAAGUUGCCAAGAGAAAAAGGCCUUGAUAUACAAAAUUAUAGUUGUUUUAAUUGUGGUCAUGCUAUCGGUAUGGCAUUUUCAAAGGCAUAUGUUUGUUCAUUUUCUGCAAAUUAUUAUUGUGCAGAUUGUAUGGCACAAGGAGAAUAUAUAAUACCAUCACGUAUGAUUCAUAAUUGGGAUUUAAAACGUUACACAAUUUGUCAGAAAGCUGCAGAGUACCUGAAAGAUUGUUCUACUUUAUUGGAUUUAAAAAUUUUGAAUCCAAAAAUAUAUAUGGCAGUAGAUGUCAUGGCACAACUACAAUCUUUAAGGAUACAAUUGAAUUUAUUAAGAGCUUAUUUGUUUACUUGCCGAGAACCUGUUAUUGAAUCUUUGCAAAGAAACGUUGCCCCCAGAGAAUAUUUAUAUGAACAUGUUCAUCAAUAUUCUGUUUCCGAUCUUCUUGAUAUACCUAAUGGUACUCUUGCUCAACAAUUACAAAAAGUAGUUGAGUUUGCACGAAAUCAUGUGAUAAAUUGUUGGCUUUGUAGUCAAAAAGGAUUUAUUUGUGAAGUAUGCAAUAAUCCUAAAGUCAUCUAUCCUUUUGAUAUGGAUUCUACAUAUAGAUGUGGAUCAUGCAAUGCCGUGUUUCAUGCAGAUUGCUUAAAUGCAUAUAAACCAUGUCCAAAGUGUGAACGUCGACGUAAACGAAUGGAUCUUCCUCUUUUAGACAUGGGAUGUACAGAAUUACCGCCUGAAGCGACAUUAACAUCCGAGAAUAAUAUUGACUAAUAUCAUAUAAUCUUGAUAAUGCGUUAAUAUUAUUUGAUUUUAUGAUUUAUAUAAACUAUCUUUUUUAAUUUUUACAGUAUUGUAUUAUUUAUAAGUUCUUAUUGUAGAUAGUCAUUUGUACAUUGAUAUAAUGUAAAAAAUAUUAUGCAGCAAUUAAGCAAAUGUCUAUCUAACAAAAUCCCAAGCUUAUUAAAUAAACAAUAUUAUAAAUAUUCAUAAAGUUCGUAUAUAAAAAUUACAGCGAGUUUAUUAAUUUGGACUUUAUAUAUUUUUUGAUGGUUCUUAAUGUGUAUAUUAAUGUUUAUGUAAAUAUUUAUUGAUUUGAAUGUAUAUUGUACAAUAAAACAAUUGCCUACAAAAAGGCAUAGUUAUUAAUAGUCA